AUACACAUUUCAUUUCCUAUUUCCUUUUUGUUCAUUUCUUUCUUUUUCCUUUCCUCCACAAUUUGCAUUUCCCCUCUCUUCGUUUCCUUUUCUCCUCAUUUUACAUUUCCCCUCUUUCGAUUCUCCUAAGAGGGGAACCCAACCCAACAAUUCCUCCAUCCCUUGCAUUGGUCACACCAUGGUUCCCUCUGCCUUUCUGUUCCAUUUCCUCUUCUUCUUUUCACUCCUCAUCUCGUUUUCCUUCUCCGAUUCCGAUUCCGAUUCCGAUUCCGAUUCCAAUUCCGUAGGCCCCACUUUCCACCGCGUGUUCCCGCGGCCGCUGAUCGUGGAGUACCCGGAGUUCGAGGCGGGGCUGCGGUGCGGCGCGUGGCGCGUGGCGGGGGAGGCGAACAACCUGGGCGCGUGGAGGACGAUUCCGGAGGAAUGCACGGAGUACGUGAAGGAGUACAUGACCGGGAAGGGGUACGCGGUCGACCUCGAAAUGGUCUCCAAAGAGGCGGAGGAGUUCGCGAGGAGUGUGCCUCUCGGCGGCGACGGGAAGGACGCGUGGAUUUUCGACAUCGACGAGACUCUCCUCUCCAAUCUCCCCUAUUAUGCCGCACACGGAUACGGGCUUGAGGUCUUUGACCACGAGAAGUUUAACAAUUGGGUGGAGAAGGGUGUAGCUCCAGCCAUUGAACCCAGUUUAAAGCUCUAUGAAGAUGUUUUGAAUCUGGGAUUCAAGGUUAUUCUACUGACAGGACGGAGUGAAAGGCACAGGAGUGUCACUGUUGAUAAUUUGAUCAAUGCUGGGUUUAAGGAAUGGGACCAGCUCAUACUAAGAAACUCAGAUGAUCAAGGGAAACGAGCUGUACUCUACAAAUCAGAGAAGAGGAGUGAGAUGGAGAAAGAUGGAUACAGGAUUCUUGGAAAUUCUGGUGACCAGUGGAGCGAUUUAUUAGGUUCUUCAGUAUCUGUUCGGUCCUUCAAGCUUCCAAAUCCCAUGUAUUACAUUCCAUAGUAAAUGUCUCAUUCAUUUGCAAAUAAUUGCUGUUUGAAUUGUACAUAACGAAAGUGGAUCAAUUCGUAUACUGAAUAUCAUUGCAAAUAAUUCAUAAACUGAAUGUCAUUGAAAUUCUAAUACAUACUGACUAAAUUAAACUUGUGCGAAAA